GGCGAGGUCGUCCGGUCCGUUGGGUCUCGGCCCGCGCUCCCCGCCCGACUCCAGGAACAGCUCGAGCGGAGAGGAGCGGCGCGGCGCGGCGGCCUCGGCACCUCAGCAGCGCCCGAGCGCCCGAGCGCCCGCCCGCUCGCCCUCCCGCGCGCCGCUGCGUCACCGCCCCGCCCCCGGCCCCGCCCCGCCCCGCCCCGUCCCGUCCCGUCCCGUCCCGUCCGGUCCUGGCCCAGCCGCGGGUCGCGAGCUGCUGCGGGUCACCGGCCUUGGUGUCUCUGCGGGCGGAGUGAGCGGGGCGGCUGCAGCGUGCGUGCCCGGGGUCCCCGGAGCCCGCAGAGACGCCGGCGGGAGCGUGCGGCGGCCGGUCGCGGGAGGACUGUCCUAUCCCAUGGCCGGGAGUUAUGGUGUGAUGGCCGAUGACGGUUCUAUUGAUUACACAGUCCAUGAGGCCUGGACCGAAGCCACCAAUGUCUACAUGAUAGUUAUCCUUGUUAGCUUUGGUCUCUUCAUGUAUGCCAAGAGGAAUAAAAGGAAAAUUAUGAGAAUAUUUAGUGUGCCUCCCGCAGAAGGGAUGUUGUCAGAGCCAAGCUUUUAUGACACAGUGAGCAGAAUUCGCUUAAGACAACAAGUGGAGACGCAUCCCGUUUCAAGAAAGUACGAGUACCAACAGCCGCAAAGCCAGGCCGACAGUGUGCAGCUCUCAUUGGAAUAAAACCAGACUGAGCAGUGAAAGUGAAUGUGACGCAGUACGAGAAACACAUUCCUCGCCACUCCAUAAGCUCAUCCCAGUUGUGCCCCUCCCCCCAAGCCUGCUUUUGUUGCUUCUUCUGGAACUUCCUGCAUAAGUGCAAAAAUGCUUAGAAAGAAAAAAUGCUUAGUGACUAGAGAUGGGGACUUGCCCUUCUGAAGAUCAACAAUGACUCCAGGAUGCAGUGAAAAAUACAAGCACGUCUUUGGAAGCAAGAAUCCUAGAGUUAAUGUCACUUCAGAAUAUUUUUACAGUGUUAAAACAUGCAAUCCAGCUGUUGGGGUGGUUUGCUCUUAGGACGUGGUCUAUGAUAUUUAACAGUAGUAGCAGGCUAAUUUGUGUUGCUUCCACGAUUGUUCCUGGCUCUUUGACUGACUUCAAGGCUUGUAUGACACACAAGGACCUUCUAGUCUCGUCAAUAUCAUGAAGGUUACCCCAUCUGCUGUUUGUGGGUACUUUCUGCAGCUGGGUUUGUCUCCCUUUAGUUGCAUUCCCAGAAGUUGUUAUUUUGUUCCUGAUCCCACAUUUCCCUUGCCUCCAUGGGACUCCUGGAGACCAUGCUGUUAGACAAGGAGACAUCUCUGUCUUGCUCCCUGUCACUGCUGUUGAUGGUUACAGCAGUGUCUUCUGCUGCUUAAAGCUUUGCUGAAAACCCA